UUUCUUUUUUUUUUUUUUUUCUUUUGUUUGUCUCUCUGCAUAUCCCUGACGUUGCAUCUCGAGACUACUAGCCCGUUUAACGGCACUGCGGGGCAACAGGAAGAAGAAUUUCACAUUGGACCACAGCAUCGCAGCAUGAUCUGGAAAAAAAAAAUGAAGAAGAAUGAAUAAAAAAACAUACAACAGCCGGUGUUCGCUGAUGGUCACCCACUCAACUACUAAUCUGCCUCUCAUUGGCUUGACUCUGGGAGAGCAGACGGGAUCCCGUAUUCUCCAAUGGAUAUGGUCGUAUGUGAAGGAAGGACCUUUUAAACCAUCUUAUAUCACCACAUCCCAUCAUCGCGACAUAAACAUCAAAAAAUUCUAAAAAACAUACAACAGCCGGUGUUCGCCAGUGGUCACCCACCUGACUACUAAUCUGCCGGUUAGUGGCUUAUCUAUGGGGGAGCAGACGGGACCCCGAGUUCUCC